AUGGCGUUGCGGUGGUGCCUGCGGGGUCUGGCGCUCGGAAGGGCGAUAGGCUCGUCCUCUUCCCGGUUGCAACUUCAACAAUCCACGAACAAUGCCUUAUUUUCCGCUCGUUCUCUUCCCCAGGCUCUCCAAUGGUGGAGAUCCCGUGCGGACGCCCCCCUGCCUCCUUCCUCUCCUCUCCCCCUGAUCCAUCUUCCUCCUCCGGAUGAGAGCAAGCAUCGUGGCUCUGCGGAGGGUGAUCCCCUCACGUUUUCAGCUUUUUCAUCCUCCAUUGACGAGGUGGAGGUUGCCAAGUUCGCUGCCAUUGCCGACACCUGGUGCGUGUGUCGUCUGUGCCCUUUUUGAAUUCGGCUAAUGUCAUUUCCAGUUAGUUGACCUUUUGACGUCUGAUUGCUGUUAUAGUUGACGUGAUCUUGUCACCGAAUGAACAGGUGGGAUUCCGAGGGGCCUUUUAAACCAUUACAUUCGAUGAACCCUACAAGGCUGUCUUUCAUCCGUUCCGCUCUUUGCCGGCAUUUCGGGUAUGUCUUGUCUUUUGCGACUCUCUCUCUCUCUCUCUCUUUCUCGGCCUCCCUUCGGAUGGAUAUCUUAUCGAUCUCAUUGUGCUGGUUCGGCUUAGGUUUCCUUUAUUCAGUGACACUUAUCCUAAUCAAAGCCAGCAAUCAUCUUCGAUGGGUGCUCAUUAAAAUUGGAUAAUUUCUGUUUUAAUGACAUUUUCAAACAACCCUGUGGAUAUGUCUAGCCUGAUCGCCCUGCUGUAAUUUUUUUUCCUGAAUUUUUGUCGCCAGUGGUAUCCAUACUUAUCGCCAAAUUCUUUUUAUAAUGUUGCUACCAUCCUUUUGAUUUCUCCAAGGAGUUAAAAAUGGAAGGUCCAAGAUACUCGUAAGAUUCAGCUAACACCCUACGGGCCUUUGUCAAUCAUUAUAAACCCUCUAUAAGGUUUCUUUCAGUGAAAGCAUCAUGUUGCAGUUUCCUUCCGAUGGACCAAGUGCUGUUCUUUUUCCCCUGUAAAUGCUAAACUCUUGACGUUAUUUCAGGAGAGAUCCAAAUUGCGCUAAGCCAUUGGAAGGUUUAAAGAUAGUUGAUGUUGGUUGCGGCGGAGGCAUUCUCUCUGAGGUAUACUUGGGUUUACAUCCUUUUGAAGACAGAAUCUUGGAAUUAUGAUCAUCUUUCCUUGGGAUGCGUGGUGCUUAGUUGUGUUAACAAUUUGAUAAACGGGCUGUAAGGGUAUAUACCCCUUUGUCUGAAGAAUUUUUUUUCAAUUCUGAUUGUCCAAAUGGUCAUAUAGAAUCAAGGCAAAAAAGUAUCUGCGCAUUUUCCACUCGAGAGUUUUCUUAUGAUGAGUUAAGGUUUAGAUCUAUUUUGCUGCUGCAUAUCUUACUUUGAUCAUUAAAAGACAGAAAAUACCUAAAUGGUGUUUAACUUAGAGGUCUGGAGUAACUAUAUAUUUGAGUUUGAUAGGUUGCUCAAUUAUCUCAUUGCAGAUGCUUGGUCUGUUGGAUCAGUAUAUUUUUAAUGCAAGGAUUUAUAUGUAAUCAUAACUAAGACUGCUUACAAUUAUAUACUUCCCGUGGUUAUCCAAAAGGCUCAAGGAUACCGUUCUGCUAAUCAUGUGACCCUAACUGUUGGUGGGAUUGACCGAGUUUAGAAAAUUUGAAGUGGAGAAGGCCAUACAUAUUGUCUGUAUUUGUAGUUUAGUUGGUUUAUCAAGUUUCUUGUCUUUGGCCAAACCAAAAAGUCUCCCAAGAUUGGAAAUGACCUUCUCAAUGGGAAAAAAAUUGAGGUAUAAUGUUGAUAACCUUGCUUUCUCUUUGGCACUUAAUUACCACCAGGGACGUAGGGUAAAUACAAUCUUGAGGGUAUAUGUUUCAUUUAAAAGUGCUCUUGAAUUGGGUUGAUGAUAUGUAAUGAUUUUUAAGUGUCUGAAGAGUGGCAUGAUGGGCUUAUUUUUCUUGAAAUAUAAAUACCAUAUUUUUCUUUAGAUUCAAGCUACAGGCUACAUCAAAUUUAUUUCCACAAGUUAUAUAUUUACACUCAGUUGUUUAGUCUUGAUUCACAUUAACCUCCCAUAAAGGUUGAAGGGACAAUCAACAACCAGGAUUUUUCAAUUACAAGAUCCCUGACCUGUUUAUGUUUAGUUGAUACGAUGGGUUCAUUUAUAUUUUGGAAAUACAAAAGUCAAUGUGAGAUCGUUUUGAAAAAUUGUUAUACUGGAUCCAUGUAUUUUUCCUAUAUUUUCUUCAUUUGCCUCCAAUACUCUAGCUCAUCUAGUAACAAGGAUUGAUCUGCAAGUACCCCCAGCAUUUUUUGGGUUCGCUAUCAUUUAAUCCUACUGAUAUUUCUUGAAAUAACUCUUUACUAGACAUUUUAGAUAUAUGAUUGCACUGCUAACAUAUCUGUUUUUCUUACAGCCCCUGGCUCGAAUGGGAGCAGUCGUUACAGGAAUUGAUGCCGUAGAGAAAAAUAUCAAGAUAGCUAAUCUUCAUGCUGUACGAUUAUUCUAAUCUUAGGUUAUGGUUGUGCUUUCUUUUUUUAAAUUCACAGCGUACAGAAAAUAUGGAUAAAAUCUUACAUAUGACUUUUUUGGUGCUCAUGGGGUUUGGUUAUUCAAUACUUUGGUCUUGUCGAGUAUAAAGGGCUUUGCUGUUUGUAGGUCUAGGAUCAUGUAAAAUGGUGCGAUGGUUCUGAUGAUGAUUUGCUUUGCCUCACAGUUUGCAUUAAUGUCCUGUUUAAAUGACAGAGUAGGAAUAAUAGGAGCAUGUUAGGUGAGAGAAUGUUGCCAUGAGUGUCAUGUGUACUAGCGAUUUUUCGAGUGUGGCUAGUUCUUUUUUGUGUCAGCUGGUUCUUAUCAAUUUUAACGGGCAUCUAAAUUGACUUCUGUUCUUCAAGCUGUCAUGCAUCUUAGAAUCAAUUUUUCACCUUAGAAGAUGUUGCUGUAGCUGUUGGGACCGCUGGGAAUUGAAUACAACUCAGUUUCUUGAUACCUACCAACCCAUCCAACAUAAUUCCUUUGAUAAUAAUAGCGAUAUAUCUUAUCAUAAAGGUGAAGCAGUCCCAAUUGGGAUGCGCUAUAAAUCCAAUAUAUAGAGUCAUAUUUGAUAUAUUUGAUAAACCCAACUCAGUUUUUACUAAUUUGAUUCGUAAGUGUGUCAUUCCUCCUUGGUCCUCGAAAUCAUCAUGUGUAUGUAUAUCAGAUGGAAGUGAAAUUUGUAGCCUUUAAUGGUUGAUUUUUUUAUGAAGCAUGUGGUCAUCUGAGCAGUCACAAUGUUCUUACUUUUGUCUCUUUACUACCGUUCUACAGUCUGGUCUCUGUAUCUUUUCUUCUUGUUUAGGAAGAAUGGGCAUACAUAGAAAAGAAGAAGAGACAGUCAUUUUUAUGUCCGUUGCUAUUCUUAUUUCAUGUCCGCUCCCAAUUAAAACGACAUUAGGUCUUUGUUUGUGUGGCGAAUUUAUUUGUGCUUGAUGUCUAGCCUUCUUGUGUGGGCUCUUUUACUGAAGUCUAUUUUCGCACAGGAAUUGGAUCCUGUGACUUCUUCAAUAGAAUACCGUUGUGCAACAGCAGGUAAUACUCUUUUGAACCUAUGUAACUCCCAAUUUGUGUUUACAUUGAUAGAGAGGUUGAGUGUGGACGUUACAGUCUAAGGCCACACAGAUCACAGCAGGCUACCUGUGCUGUUGUCCAUCUCGAAGGCAUAGGGAUUAGGCUUUGUGGUUUGACUUAUGGCAUUGCCCCUAUUGAUUUGUCUUGCUCGUCCUUGUGUGGUGUCAUGCAUCUUUUUAACCAGUACAGAAAAUUUAUUUGAAAGUAGGAACUUGGAGCUCUAAUCGAUGAUAAUGUAAUGUUUUGGAACUCGACGCACCGUUUGUACCAUGCUGUAAAUAAAUAAAAAAUCAGGAACUAUGAACGGGUAACUAAAGGAUGAUUAAAAAUUAGGACCAGUAUUGAUAUUAAUUCGAACCAUUAAUUCGCAGUUUAUUAUGCUUUUCUCACGGUGUGGAGGAAGGAAUAGCAUAAUGUACCCACUGAAACAAGAAGCCACCCUUUCCCUUAGCCUUCGCCUUUCAUUUCUUUUAUUCACAUCAAACUUUAGACACCUUUGGAACGCAGAACUCUUGGGCCACGUCUCAAUAAAUUUUUCGAAUGCUGUGUCCAGACAAUGUGGUUGAUUAUAUGAAAAUGUUGGGAACGAUUUGACAAUCACUCGUAACUGCCCUUAUGGAGCUCCUGCGAACCUCACAGCCGAGGCAAUAAGUUACGAAUGUAUGAUAUACAGGCCUCUCGCCAUAUGACCCUUUCUCUUGGUCCCUUAUCUGUGAGCGGCUCUCUGGCUGAUUUUGUGUACCGUCAGAAAGAAAUCUCCUUAAUAAAUGCCCUGGGUACACCGAUUUGGCAACUAGGUCUCAUAGAAAACAGAGUACUAUUGUCGUUUUCUUUAUAGAUCUUUCUAGUACUAUCAUUUUGAUUAGUUAUUCUAUAAAGAAAAAUGUCGCAGCUUAAUUGAAUGCUAUAAUAUUGAUCAGAAAAAAUGGCGGAAGAGGAGCAGACGUUCGAUGCUGUGAUUUCACUCGAGGUAGGGCAUUGAUAGGUGAGGAGCUUUUCUGUUCAUCGCGUAUGUUGACAAGAUUCAUGCUGCGGACUGACAUAUAUAGAAAGCGGAAGUUUCUAUAUGCUGUCUUCUUUGCUUUUAGUUGACUCGAUAUAUAUAUUCAGACGGCCAUAAUGAAGACGACAUAUUAUCAAACUAUGCAAUCUAUCCUGUCAAAGUGCUAAGUAAUGAGCUAGUUGGAGCUGAUGCACCUACAUUUUCGUGUUUCAAGUGUUGAAUGGUCGUUGCGGAGCCUAAUCUAACCCAGAUGCAUGCCUCAACUCAUUAUCUUGUUCCAUUUAUUUGAUAUUCAUGGUUGAGUUGGAGUUAUAUAGCAUGGUUUAUGAUUUAUUUAAAUGGAGGAAAAGGUACCGUUACCUCACUAUUGGCAACUUGUUAUUAGCUGCCAGUGUAAGGACUCGACCCAUAAACGUGGGAAGCUAUAUAUUCCGAUUUGGCAGAUACUGAUGCCAUUGCGUCAAUUGUUUUUCUUUACUGUUCAAUAAUCUGUCUACAAGAUUGCCGUGUCCAAUAUAUGUUUAUUUUUCAACUGAGUGGCCAAUCGUAGCAAGAUUUGCACGAAACAGAGACCUUGUUCGGUUGUGAGGUGUCUCUAAUGUAGUAGGAGCCGCGGCUUUUAUUCUGAUAAAUCAACAAGUGAAACAAAAAUAGUAGUGCAAAAUUUUUGAAUCCCAUUAAAUUACUGCUUUUCAUGUCAAUGUAUCAUUUAUAUUACCCCAAUUCAAAAGUCACUUUGGUCGGUCAACGAUUCCCCCCCAUAAGCAUCUGAAUGAACCGAGGAACAGAAUUCUGGCAAUAAGAGUUAUUUAAGAUGGAUCAAGGAUCUCUCAAGAGAGCUAUCCACUCGUUGUUUGAUUGGAUUUAUUUAUUUUUAUGCGACCAUUUGAUGGAUUUUGUAACAUUAUACUGGCAGUGAAACGAGAAAAGAAUCAGGCAUGAGCAAGGCGACAGAUUUAUCUUGAAUCUGUGUAAUUCUUAAUUCCAGGUUAUCGAGCAUGUGUCAGAUCCUGCUGGGUUUUGCAAAUCAUUGGGAGAUCUGGCUGUGCCUGAUGGGGCUAUUGUCAUAUCUACAAUUAAUCGAACUAUAAGAUCAUACGCCGUCACCAUUGUUGCUGCUGAGUACAUCCUUGGUUGGGUAUGUAUGAAUGAUCACUUGUAAAUUAGAAAUGCUUUCAGUGCGACUCCAAAUGAUGUAGAGAUCUUGCAUGCACAUUUGCAAGAAGUUGCAAACGAAACCAAAUGAAUUAUACAUUCCUGUUUAGCAUAUAUGUGCAUGCAUAUCUUCCAAUUGAAUUCCACAUGGGAGUUUUUGAAUCGUUGUCUGCUAGGUUGACUUGACAUUUUUUCUGAAUGAAGUACCAUUGAUUAAAUAUCUAACAGAGGAAAAAAGGGUGACGAACAAUCUGCUUCAUGUGAACUUUCGGACCAAAGUUGAAUAUUUUAUCUGCUAAUGGCAUUCCUAUUUACUACUUAAUAUCAUUCUGUCUUUGUUUGACUUCUCUGAGUUUGUAGCUACCAAAGGGCACACAUCAGUGGUCUAGUUUCGUCACCCCAGAAGAACUCGUGCUCAUCAUGCAGAGGGCGUCGAUCUCUGUAAUGUUCAUCUCCUUCCCCAACUCUUUCUCUUUAAGGAAAAAGAAAAAGAAAAAGAAAAAUAAAAAGAAAAAUCAGCAUCACCCUUUUAAUCUUGGUUGGGAAUUAUCGAACUAAAACCCCUUUUUUUUCUGUCUUUUUUCCACCAGGUGCAAGAAAUGGCAGGGUUUGUGUACAAUCCUCUGACAGGAGAAUGGUCCUUAUCAGAUGAUACGAGUGUCAACUAUGUCGCUUGUGGCAUAAAGAGGAACCCUUAG